AACCCAUGAUCUACUAGUGCCAACAUCGGAGCUCGCACAAUCCGCAAUUCGAAUGCGCCGUCCGUGCUGGAAGCCGCCACAGCCACAGCCAACCGCCGCCGCCCACCAGCCUAAUUUGGUCCGGUUCCGGCUUGCGCGGCCGUUCGAAUGUACCACCAGACACCACCUGGCGGCAGCAAGAAGUGUAGCAGCAGCACCAGCACUAACCGACAGCACCGCCCUGGUGGCGUAGAUCAGCAGGUCGUCAAGCUGUUGGCGGACGUUGGCUACAUCGCGGACCGUCUGCGCAACCUGGAACGGUGCUGGGAGCUGGCCGAGCUGAAGGAUCUGCACAAGCGCAUCGUGGUGCUGCUGGCCUCGGACGAGUGUCCCCCGGUGAAUGUGCUGCGUGCGAUCCGGAACGAUCAGCUGCGACCGCUGCAGGCGGAACUCCACGGACGUACCCAGCUGCAGCAGGAGGUGGAACAGGCGGCAGUCGAGGCCCGGCAAGCGGACAAGGUCAAACGGGCCCGGUGGCGACAGGAGGUGGACUGUUUGAACGCCGAUGAUGAGACUGCCCAGGCAAAGCUCGCACAGCUAGAGGACUUUGUGGUGGCGUUCUAUCGCAGUUACAGAGAUACGAGACAGGGUAACCGGGUACGGGGUGGAAACUGUUCGAGGAAGCCGGCGAAAAAGGUUCGCGAACGGAAGGUGUUUCCCUUUUUGCCAUCAUCUUCAUCGGACUCAUCGCCAUCGCCAACGCAAGAGUCUUCUUCAUCGAGUCCGGCCAACACCGCCACCAACAAGUGCCAUCAACAGCAACAGAACAAGCCAAAUCGAACGGACGACGCAGAGCAACAACAAUCAUUCAGCACAUCGCAGGCCGAUCGUACUAUGAACCAGGAUCGCGAAGACGGAGAUCCAAACGUAGCAUCUGAACAGCAACAAGCCAAACAACCCGACGCGUCGACAAAUCCCAGCGACGACACCAAUCCCAGUGAUGCCAAACAACCGGAACCGACUACCAGCAGCAGCAGCAACGCCAACAACAACACUUCCACCACCAAAGAUGACGACGAGGACGAAGAUGUCACGACGACCAACACCGCAACGACGACCACCGCAAGCGAACAGCUGGUCACGGUAGUUCCGACCGUCGCCAAUGCCACCACCGACGAGAAGCGUCCCUCGCUGGACGGCCCCAACUCAUCCCCGCUCACGUCCCCCGCCAAGUCCCGGCACGUGGCACCCUCCGGGGACAGCACCGAGCCGGACGAGGAGGAAGAUGACGACGACGACGACGACAAUUGUGACGACGGUGGGGAGAACGGGCUGGGCGGGGAGGUGGCCGAGGUCGAGCGGAACAAGCUGAGGAAGCGCAUCUCCGAGCUGGCGAAUAAUUUUGCCAGCGCGAAGCAGUUCCAGCAGAUGUGCGACAACAUCGACGCGAUCAACGACGCCGAGCUGCGGGCGCUCAUCCGGGAGCUGAAGCGGAAGAUUGAGUUCGCCGAGCGGAUGAACUGGAUGUCUUGCUUUACCCGUUUUCCAGGUCUGUCGAGCCGGCCGCGGGGUCCGCCGCACCGGAAGACCAGCCUGCCGAAGCACACGGACGUGAAGAAGCGCUUCCUGGAGGUGGCGGCCACGACCCUGCCGGACGAGGUCAAGGCCGCCCUCCGGCUGCCGGCGUUCGACUCGUACGAGUGGGAGGACUGGGACGUGAUCCACCUGAUGCAGACGAUGUUCGUCGAGCUGAACCUGCUGGACAAGUUCCAGAUCCCGCCGGAGACGCUGCGCGAGUGGCUGUACGAGGUGUACAAGCACUACAACGACGUCCCGUUCCACAACUACCGGCACUGCUUCUGCGUGGCCCAGAUGAUGUACGCCAUCACGUGGCACACGAACCUGAUCCAGCGGCUGGGCGAGUUGGAGGUGCUGAUCCUGCUGGUGUCCUGCAUCUGCCACGACCUGGACCAUCCGGGGUACAACAACAUCUACCAAAUCAACGCCCGGACCGAGCUGGCCCUGAGAUACAAUGAUAUUUCUCCGCUGGAGAACCACCACUGUUCGAUUGCAUUUCGGCUGCUGGAACAUCCGGAGUGUAACAUCUUCCGCAACAUGGACAAGGAGUUGUAUAAAGACGUUCGCGAGGGAAUCAUUCGGUGCAUCCUGGCCACGGACAUGGCCCGCCACAAUGAGAUCCUGACGCAGUUCCAAGAGGCUACCCCCAUUUUCGACUACAACAAUAAGGUUCACACAAAUUUGCUCUGCAUGGUGCUAAUCAAGGUCGCGGACAUCUCGAACGAGGCCCGCCCGAUGGACGUGGCCGAACCGUGGCUGGACCGGCUGCUGCAGGAGUUUUUCGCCCAGAGCGCGGCGGAAAAGUCCGAGGGCCUGCCGGUGACGCCCUUCAUGGACCCGGACAAGGUCAGCAAGCCGGGCAGCCAGGUGCGCUUCAUCGGGCUGGUGCUGCUGCCGCUGUUCGAGGCGCUCGGCGAGCUGCUGCCGGAGCUGACCGAUCUGAUCAUCAUGCCGGUGCGGGUCGCGCUGGAUUACUACAAGAAACUGAACGAUGCCGCCAGUCGGCAGCGCCGUUCGAUCGCCGAGGCGGAACAGUCGUCGGAGAACGCCAGCACGGCCACGACGGGAACCACCGGAACGGGAACGGCCGGCGGAAGCAGUGGUGGAGGGGGUGGCGUCAGCAGUAGCAUCGGCGGGGGGACCGCGGGAGGGCUGAGCAACAGUUCGACCGGAUCGCCGCAGUUGCCGCGGUCGCAGAGCGGAAUCAGCGUGAAAUCCAGACGUAGUAUCCCGUCGCAAAAGUCCGCCAGUAGAACAUCUGUUGAUGAGCCUAUUUUAAUUACAGCCGAACUGCACGACCUGCCCGAGGGUAGCGAGAGCGGCGACUCCGAGACGGCGACGGAGGUGGAUGUGGCGGAGAAAACGUCCAAGUUCAAGGUGGACACGGAGAGUAGCCACCGCAAGCAGUCGCACCCGAACUCGCAGUCGUCCCGCAAGGGGAGCCGCGAGAAGCGUCCGUCGAUGAUCGGCGAGUACUACCAGACAGGUACGCGCAUUCGUGGCUCCCACGGCAACAUUCAGCAUACUAAUCGAACGUAUUUUGGUUCAAAUCGCGCCAUUAGCUUAGACCAGUACAGUAACAGCCGCCGGAUGUCGGACGGCAUCCAGAUACAGACGGUCGUGUCGGACAAUAGUGUGUACUACCACCAGCGCCAGCAUCGCAGUCUGGAGCAUGACUCGAUGUGUUCGUCCUCGGACAAGAGCACCAGCCUGAACAGCAGCAGCAAUGAUCCGCCUGUCCAGGCUCAGCCGGCGGCGGCGGCCGCGGCGUUCCAAUCUAGUCACCAUGGAACGCAACAACAACCGCACUUUCACCAUCAAUACCAACAGCAGGCGGCGGCUGCCCUGCACCAGCUGCGUGCUGUUCAGGACUGUGAAAACAUGAACAUUGGCGUGCCGACGGCGGCGGCUGCGAGUUCAGGCAAGUUGUACGCAGGUUUGAACAAUAACAAUAACAGUAGCAACAACAAUAACAAAAACAUUGGCAAAAAGAUGAGCUUGAGCCAGCAGCAAAAGCUGGAGAAAAUUCGCAAUGCUAGCAACAAUAACAAUAGCGGCGGCGGGUGCGACGCCAGCGGAGUAGGCGUUGGAACGAGUGGAGCGCUGGGAAAGAGUAAUGGCGGUGGAGGCGGUGGUAGCGCCGUGAACGGAACCAAUGGGACGACGACGACGUCCGCGUCGAGAUCAAUCAUAUCAAGACUGAGACAACUGACUGGAAGAUUGAGCUUUAAUUUUGACUCGCGGGAAUCGAAGAAGCUGCAACUGCUGGCGCAGAAAGCGUCGGAACAGGCAGCGGUGGACGGUGGCGAAUCUCAACCCGAAAGAGUAGGCUGUGCGACGACGAAGAAGACGCGCUUGCUGGAGAAAUCGAAGACUGUAGAUGUAGGAGGGGGCGGCGGCGGUUCGGUUGCGAUUUGCGGUGGAGCCAGCGGGGAAGGAUCGAUGCAUUACUGCUGCGGGGGUGGUUCCGGAGGAGUGAUUCUGAACCAGCCCAAGUCGAUCUCGCCGAUUCUGAUGCACCAUCGGAACAGCGACGUGAUCGCGUCGAUGAACACGGCCCGGAACCGGGCGUACAGCUUGGACGUCCCGAUCACGCGGAACUGCUGUCGGAGUCUGAGCGGGAGUACCGCCGGCGGAGGUGGCUCCAGCUGCGGAGGCAGCCACAAGAGCUUGACCUUCUCGUUGAACAAAUCGCUCAACGAGGAGGCGAACGACACCACGAUCAGCUCGGGACGGCCGCUGGAUGACAACACGAACGCCACGACGGCCGCCGCGAAAGGCGGGGGAAGCAUCAGCGAGACCAUUUGACAACACCCGUACGAACCGUCCUUGCAGGGCAUUCUGCUGGCGUCGAGUUCGCUGCAGACGGACUCGCCGACGCCACCGCCCUCCCACCAGCUGCUUCUGCCGGCCAGCAGCAGCUCCGGCGGCGGAAGUCAGCACCGAAGGCAGUCCUCUGGUGGUGGCGGGGGUGGCCAUCGGUCUGCUCCGUACGCCGAGUCGGAGUCCAUCUCGUCGAAGCACACGUCCGUGCUGGUCAGCUACUGGACCUGUCUGACGGAGCGGCUCAGCUCGCUGAUUUGCAAGUGCUGCGAGCGGACGCUGCCGCCGGCGGAAAGCGUUUGAAAGCGAGGAGAGGUAAAGCGGGCGAAGGCGUAGGGUUUGUUUUUUUAUUUCUUAGACCUUUUUGUUUAAUAACUUGCAAGAAAAUUUGCCAGCGUAGUAAGACUUCAAAUCUGGCUUCAAAUCUGACCCCGCAUUGGUAAGCAAACUCACUAACUUCUAUUUUAAGAUGAAUUUCGAGUAGGCUGAUGAUUGUUAAACUUGGCAUUUAGCUUAACAUCUUUCUUUUUGAUGGCAAGGCCUACUUGUGUGAAAUUGACCGCAGCGACGAUUCCUUGCAAUUGUUUUUUUUUCUAAAUAUAAUCAAACGGCUUAUUCUUUGGAGCCAAUCGGGGUCAAUGGCUGCUGCGUUUUACUUUUUUUGUAAUUUUUUUACUAGAUGUGCUUCCAAAAGUGUAAUGUGACUUCGACCUGUUGAUUUAUAGCAUUAUUUAGUUGAGCAGAGUCAGUUAACUCAGCAAUACCUAAAAAACUUUUCUCUAUGUUUUUGUUGCCUCAAAAAUAACACAUUGAUAUAACAAAAACUUGGGAAAAUUCCAUGAUCAACUCAACUAUUCUGAAAUAAUGUCGAGCAAUGGUCAUAAUAUAUUCGAAUAGUUUGGUACUUGGAGGAAAACUUAUAAGUAAAUUGCUGAAUUGUUAGUGUAAAAUAUUUUUAAAAGGCGUAAAAAAAUGUGUUUUCAACUGCCUCAAAAUUCAAAUCUGGUUACAUUCGGUCAGAAAUUUGUUGAUAAAUGACAGUUCAAAGAUUACAAAAUCAAAAAAUGGAGUGAAAAGCUGGUUGAACAAUUUGAUCGGGAAAGGCAAUUUUUAGUCAAAAUUGAAAUGCUCAUAACUUUAACCAUUUGUUAAGCUUCAAGAAGUAUUUGAAAGGAAAAUUAUUCUAGUUUUUGAAUGUGAACGAAUUUAUGGGUCGUGGCUACCGGAGAUGUUCCGGACUUCCCGGGACCAUUUUGAAAAGCUGCGUGCCAUUUUAACUUUUAUUUCAUCUCUAUAACCAAAUUCUCCCAAAGGUGCGAUCUCAUGAUCUUAAAACAUAAAGAAAGAUAUUAAAAUGUGAUUUUUGCGUGAAAAUAAUUUAAUUACACUAACUUUUACUUCGAGUAUCAAUGAGCUAGUUCUCAAGAAAUUUGUUAACAAUUUAGCACACAUGCUUAAACAACUUCAAACACAGUUUUUUGCUUUGGACCAUGACAACAUUUGUCCUAGAUAUUAAACUUUGAAUUGUUUGAGUAAUUGUAAGUUUAUUAGGUACUCUUUCUUACAUGUUCAAUUGUGAACUCACUUUGAAUUUCAGGGAAAAUAUAUUUUUUCUGUGUUAAAGAUAUCUUAUUUUGAUACACUUUAAAAAUGUCAUCUCAUUUUUUAGCUUUUAAUAUUUUGGAUUUUCUCAAUUUCCCGAUUAAUGUAUUGGCGAUAACCGAUGGUAACUCUUUACAUCAACUUGUUAAACAGAAUUCAUUCAAACAAAAUCCACUCAGAAAUUCAAUAACUAUAAUUCAAAGAUUAUUUUUUGACAAUGUGAAAGCUGAUUCGUUUAGGUUUAGCUUUUUUUUCGAAAAUCAAUGAAUUUUUCGAACACACUCAAAUUUCAAUUUGAAUAGUGGAAAAUACUCAUAUGAUCACAAAAUACCGUAGUUUUUAAAAACUAUUCAUAUUUUCAAAAGUUGCAACAUGAAAUUUUGUGUAAAUGUUCACCAGAUUACACAGCAAAAAAUCCGAUGGUAAAAUCGCAUGCAAAAGCAUGCACAUCACCUUUGUGUGAAAAAAUCACAUAAUAUUGCAUGAGAAAACAUGUACACAAGUAACAUUUUUUUGGAAUGUGCGAAAUCUUCUUUUUUGUGUACACGUUUUCUCAUGCAAAAUUACAUGCGUUUGCUCACAAAGGUGAUGUGCAUGCUUUUACAUGCGAUUUUGCAUGGAAGUUUGUUGCUGUGAAUUCACAAAAUAUCACAGUUUUGCAAAUACAGAUUUUUCAUGAUUUGCCAUAUAGGGCAUCAAACGACGCUAAAUUGUUCUGUAGAUUUUCACAAUCUUAAAAUUUCAAUGCAAAAUAAUCAUGCUUUCAGAAAAUACCAUAUGUUUUUGAAAAAAAAAAAAAAAAAAAAAAAACAAACAAAAUAUUCAUAAUUUGCAAUAAGUUUAUCAAACGAUUUCCAUAUUGCAAAUUAUAAAAGUUUUUGAGAGUAUUAUGUGGAAAUUUAAGUGUUUUACAUUAAAAACUCUUAUUUAGUGAAAAUCAGUACAAAAUUUUCCGACGUUUGUUAACCAUGUCGCAAAUAAGGUAAAUUUGAGUCCAAUUAAGACUCGAUUAUCCAAGUUCGUUUUUUUCAAAGAUUUCUUAAAAACUUUGGAUAAUGGAAUCACGGCAAAUUACACUUUUUUGGGUUCUUUAUUUUCUCACUUCUAACAGAAGUUUCGAGUUUUACGACCAACUUUUCGUCGAAUUUGAGUGGUUGAUUGUCUAUUACAUUUAAUAUUAAAUCACCACCAUUCUUUGAUUUAAAAAUUUCCAAAUCAUUCUAGAGGUUAGAAUUGAGAUCAUUCUUGAUCAGCCAACCAAAACAAGACAAUGAAAAAUAAAAUGGGGAUUCGAAAAUCUAGUCUGUUUUAGAAAAAAACAUACCUAUAUUUUGGAUUUAUUUGUAUUUUAACAAGAAAAAAGAAAAAUUUAAAAUCUUUGCAAAUAAUUACAGUUAAUUCACCAACAUGAGUGAUUGUUUGUCGAAAAACUCAGUUGUUUUGAUUUCGGGGGUUUUUCUCCCCCAACUCAAAAAUGUUUAGUGAGAAAAAAAGGUUUUUUUAAAUUGUCGAAUCUACAGGAUAGUAUUAACUGUUAUGAACAAAAGCAUAAUUUUGCCCCAAAAAAGCGUUCUGAAACCAAAUGCUUUCAUGAUUUUUUUAUACGUACUUUAGUUUAUUUAAACAAAUAAUGUUAUAUAACCUCUUCACGGCAAAUAAAGAAGUAGGGUAGAGUAGUCAUCAAUGAGACACGGGGAACAAUGAUAAAAUGGCUCUCACAAGUCGUAGAUUCAACCAAUCAGGCUCAUAUUUGGGGGAAAGGUGUAUCUACUAGAUACACGUCUGCUAUAAUAGUGGCUUUGGUUAUGGACGCUCCCUUGAAAAGUUAUUCAUAAAUGUUUGAUUCUGGGGUGUAAAAGUAAAUUAUGGACAAAAAAUACUUUUUCGCUCGUAGCCUGCCAUUUACAACAAAACUAAUAUUUCUUCAAAUUUAUUUCGACGUUCCAUAGGGAUUGAGUUGGGCUACAAUGUCCUUUCAUUAGGUUUGACCAAAAUUUAGAAUAUACCCAGAAAACAGGGCUGUCUCAUUGUUCCCCACUCAUUUCAGCCCAUGGGUAACAAUGAGACACUUUGAUUUUUCUUCAUUAAACUUUUCAAAAUCUAUGGAAAACUCUCAAAACAUGAAUUGAAAGUGAUUUUUGGCAUAUUUAUAGAGUUUUAACUUCAUUUAACCAAACAUACAAAGUUUUUUGGUAUAAAUAUAUGGAUUUCACAAAAUUUAAAUACUUUUUAGUCUAAUUUUUGUUGAUUAAAGUUUCAUGUUGGCAAAAUUGUUCUAAAAUGUUCAAGACAAGUCACCUGUUAUGGAACAAUACAAAAACAUGAUGUUUUACUAGAAAAGUAUUGAUUUUCGUAGAGUGUCUCAUUGUUCCCCAGCUGUCUCAUUGUUCCUGCCAAGUGCUUCUACAAUGAGACAGUUGAAUAACUCUGGCUGUAGAUGUCGGAUCGAUCUCAUAUUUUGGUCAAUGUUAGAACACACUAAAAGAAAUAAAAUGCAACAAAAAGCUCAUUAAAACAUGCUGAUGAAAAAAUUACAAAAAUCGUUGAAAGUUGAAAACCAAAAGUGUCUCAUUGAUGACUACCCUACCCUAAUCUAGCCGCGUGUAAAAGGCCUGAAUGUAAAAUAAAUUUCGCAUUAUUUAUGAAAUUCUGUGUAAAUAUUACAUGAGCAAUUCUCUACCAAAACCGGAAAUGGAUUUUAUUUGUAUUUUUUGAUUUGACUCAAACUUUGUGGGGGCCUUCCCUACGACCAAAUAUGCUAUUUUGUGUCAUUGGUUCACCCAUACAAGUCUCCAUACAAUUUUGGCAGCUGUCCAUACAAAAAUGGUAUGUAAAUAUUCAAACAGCUGUAACUUUUGAGUGAAUUUUUUGAUCAAUUUGGUGUCUUCGGCAAAGUUGUAGGUAUUGUUGAGGACUUUUGAGAAAAAAUAGGUACACGGAAAAAAAAUUUGAGGAUUUUUUUAUCAACUUUUUUUUUACUAAAACUCAAUUUCCCAAAAUACGUAUUUUUUGAUUUUCGAGAUUUUUUGAUAUGUUUUAGGGGACAAAAAUCCGCAACUUUUGAGCCAUAGAGAAACAUGGUCAAAAAAUCUGCCGCCGAGUUUUAAAAGGGCCAAACAUUGAAUAUUACGCCCAUUUAAAAUGCUAGUCUUGAUUUAAAAAUUUUCAUAAUAUUUUUUUCGAAAAGAUCGGAAAAUUUCACGAAUGUUUCAUAUUUUAACAUUGAAAAUCGGACCAUUAGUUGUUGAGAUAUCGUCAUUAGAAAAUGGUGGGCUGUUUGGGUGAGACUUAGAAAACUUCAAUUUUCGUGUUUCUUUUUCUUUAAGCCGCUGUAUCUCAGCAACCAAAGGUCCAAUCUUCAAUGUCUCUUAGACAAUUUUAUAGCAAAUUUUCUGAACUUUUCAAAAAAUAUAUUUUUAGAAAUGGUCACUCAUGGUCACUAUUUUUAAAAAUUGAAAAACUGCAAAUAUUUCGCUAAAAUCAAACUUUCGGUGGCUAUAUCUAGAAAACGGAGCCCUUUAUCAAAAAAUAUGUAAAGUACUUUUCGAUUGUAAAUUCAAUUUUGCAUUAAAAAGUAAUGUCAAACUUGUUUUGCCAUGAAACUUCGAUUUUUUCCAAAAAUCACUAUUUUUUCAAAAAUUCAUAACUCGGCGGCAGAUUUUUUGACCAUGUUUCUCUAUGGCUCAAAAGUUGCGGAUUUUUGUCCCCUAAAACAUAUCAAAAAAUCUCGAAAAUCAAAAAAUACGUAUUUUGGGAAAUUGAGUUUUAGUGAAAAAAAAGUUGAUAAAAAAAUCCUCAAUUUUUUUCCGUGUACCUAUUUUUUCUCAAUAGUCCUCAACAAUACCUACAACUUUGCCCAAGACACCAAAUUGAUCAGAAAAUUCACUCAAAAGUUACAGCUGUUUGAAUAUUUACAUACCAUUUUUGUAUGGACAGCUGCCAAAAUUGUAUGGAGACUUGUAUGGGUGAACCAAUGACACAAAAUAGCAUAUUUGGUCGUAGGGAAGGCCCCCACAAAGUUUGAGUCAAAUAAAAAAAUACAAAAAAUAAAAAUGGUCGAAAUUGGCCGAUUUCGUAGAGAGUUGCUCACAUCCGAUAUUUGUCCGAAAUGUCAUGCUGAUAUCUGCGUUUAUCUAUUACAUUCUCCAUCGGUUUGAUGGCCGAGCGGGCUAAGGCGCCAGUUCUUACUGUUGGUGCUGGGUUUUGGAUCCCGUCGGUCGCAGCUUUUUUUUUGUAUUUACAAAAAUUGUACAAUGUACAUGCAGUGUGUAACAUGGCUUAUUUGACGAGGUGAUGUGCAUGCUUUUGCAUGCGAUUUUUCCAUCGGGUUUGCUGUGUUGACAACCCUAGUAACAUUUUUAAACUUACAGGUUUUAUCAUGGUUCUGAAAACCCUGAUACGGCCUAAAUAGGCUUUUAUGGCCUACUUAAAACCUAAAAUGUUGCUUGGGAAUCUUAUACUUGAAAUAAAAAUAUUCAAUAAGGGUAUUAAAUUAUGCUAUUUCACGAAUAAAAAAAAUCUAAGUCCGAAUAUCAAACCAUUAUAUAUCUGAAAUAUGUUAAACUCACUUUUUGUGGUCAAAGAUAUAAUUUAAAACUCAAAUAAAAAAAGUCAUUUCAAACAAGCCUUUCUAAAACCCCUAAAAAUUGUACUUGUAUUGUUUUUUUUAUCAAUGUUAUUUUUUCCUAAUUUUUAAAUACAAUUUAAUGUGUUAUUUUUUGCUAACUUUAAUUUGAGUUAUCAAAAUACAGCUUUGAAUUCCUAUAUUAACCUCAAAAAUAUUUCAGUGGGGUCAUGUUAUUUAUCUAUAAUUGGGUUAUUUUUGAGUUAUCCAACUCUGCUCAGUAAUUUCCAAAAGUUUACGUAUUGUUUGCUGCACUUUGGUCACUCCAUGAAGUCUCUCUAGUACGAAAUAACCAGAAAGUAAACCAGCUUGUGAGCAAGUCGCGAUAUUAAUUAGAAGGUACGUAGCUCAAAUUAAACACAAAAUCAGUACAUCUUAUAUAGCCAAUUGUGUCUGAAACUGAAAAUUUGUCAAAUUGUUAGGCGCUGUUGUUUUACAGGUGAGAAAAGAAAAACUAAAACAUAAAAAAUUCUAGAACCAACCAAAGCAUAGAAUCGUAAUACUCUCUCUAUCAGCUGUGACCAUUCCGACCGUGUUUGUUGGCUAGAGAUGAUGAAGAAGAUGAUGAACUUUAGUGCCCGCCGAUAGGAACUAACUAACCCACACUCACACAAAAACACAGACACACACCGAACUGUUUCCCCAUGUCUUUACACCACACGCAGACAUAUCACUUUCUACUAAAACUACAAAGAACAAAGAAAGAUGCUAAGAUAAAAUCAAAAAAAAAAAACAUUAAAAUCCGAAUUUAUCCAAAAGUGCGCGAAAAACGCGGUAGGCCAUGCCCUUCCGUUUGACGUAAAGGGAAGAACGCACUGCACUGAAACAAAACGUCACCCGUAAUGGAAGACUUUCACCCCUUCUUCCAAGGUAGGAUUCUUAACGGGAACGUUCGUAAAUGUAGCCAAAAUUCACUUUGCUUAGAACAGAAACAACAAACAAAAACUGACACUAUACUGAGAUGUAGUCUAUCGACCUAAAUCGUAUCGAAUGUGAACCGAACGCGGAGGGGUGGAGGGGGGAAGAGCUCCUCGGCGGAGAAGUGAAUUCUACUAAACUAUAGUUAUGACUAAACAUUCAUGUUGCAGGCGACAUUAUAAAUAAAUUGUCUAUAUUUAAACAACCCGGGGUGCAGAUAAACACUAGGACACACGCACUGAGCACACAAAUACUAGCAGAAAAACAAACACUCUUUCUAAAACUGUUUAGAAAACAAUUGUGUGGAAACAACACACUUUUUGAUGUCAACCUUGAACGUGUCUCAAUGUGGCUAGAAAUGUAAGUUAGCGCAAUAGAUGUCAGUCCGCCACGCCACGGUCCACUCUUGGAAGUCCAACGUAAACAACUCUAUAUAUAUACGAUAAGCCUUCAAAGUCCUGUAAGACCGAACGUUGAUAAAUGUUGAAACAAAAAGACCACGACAUACUGAGAGUAGAAAUUCGAAACAGUAGCGUAGAACCUAUGGAAAUCAACCGCAAACUUUUCUCAGUGCAUUUGCGGAUGAAUAAAAGUUAGUCAAACUAGAGUUGAACGGAAACAAAAAUGUGCCACAUUAAGUAUCCCACCCGUAAACAAAAACAACUAACAAAUUUUCAACUCUUUGAAUUCGAUGAAACACACAAUAUUCUGACCUUUGUAAAACGGACCAACCUUUUUGCCGAAACUCACAGAAAACCGACAGAAUUUUUAAACAAACAUGCUUCGUGCUGGUGCGAAACUUAACAAAUAGAGAACCACCCCUAAUUAUCACAUACACACAAACAAAUAAAAACAAAUACAAUUGAAUGUCUUAACCAAUAGUACGUGACCGCGCGCAAAACAACAAAAACACACUCUUCUGAGGAGGCUAAUAAUUACACAAAAUAAAAAAGAAGGAAAAAAUCGAUGUUUAACGUAACGAGUCUGUCGAGACAACAGCAAAAAAAAAAACCAAUGUGUCAUAAAAAUGCAUGUGAUUUUCCGUGGAGUGUAAAACGUAAGGAGAAAAGCGAAAUGGCGAACUAAGAAGAAAAAAACAAACACUAAUAAGAAAUGUUAUCGAAAAGAGAGCGAGAGAGAGAAAUAAAAGUAUAUUAAUUGGAGAAAAAAAAACUGUUAAAUCGUUGAUCUGAUCUGAGAAUAAGAGAGAGAGAGAGUUGAUAGAGAAGGUAAGAAACUGGAAAUAAUAAAAAAAGAAAAAAAUAUAUAUUAGCACGUAAGGAUGAGAACAUCAACCACAUGAACACUAAAGAGUAAAAGGUAUAUACAAAAGAAGAAGAAGA